GCGUCAGCAAGGCCCUCUUUAUCGAGUUCUUUGACUGUUGUAUGAGUGAUCUGGAGGGCGAGCUUUUGAGCUUGGCCAACGCAGUGCGCGAACUCACCUUGGAAGUCAGGAAGCAGGGUCGUGAGCUGCAGGCUCUUCACCGGCUUGUCGAGAGCAGGCUGGACUUUCAGGUGAUCUCUGAGCCCGACAGCAGUCGGCCGGCAACACCGGCCCGCCUUACCGCAGCAUCCAGUGCGUCCGCCGUGGCUGUGUCUUCCAGCAAACAGGCCAGCAGGCUUAUUUCUGAUCAGGAACGCCGGCUUGUGGCUGAGCGAAUCGGAGCCUUCUUCAAGCAGAGCCUAGCAGGGCAACAUCGCGGUGCCAGUGGUCGCGAGGACAAUCCUUUGGGUUCAAAGCUCUACGUGCUCAUUCGGGACGCGCAGGGUUGCACAUACUCCCCUCCUGUACUUGUGGCGAGCUUUGCAAAGUUGAAGAGGCUUGUGAAGCCGCAAGGCGUUGUCAGUGAGGAAGCGAUUUUCUGUGGUUUCCCGACCCAGUGGGAAGCAGAAGCCGAAGCCGAGGAGAGUGGAUCCGAGGAGGUCCACCGCCCUGCCGACCUCUACUUCGUCUGGUCGGGUGGGGCGACUAAUUUUGAGUAUGAAGUGGGCGCUCUCACUGUUGGAGAGGGCGACAAUGCAAAACAGGUUGCAGUCAUUCUUGUCACAGCUCUCGAGGGCCGAACCCUCGCCGUCUUUCCCCAAGGGGCUUGGGCCAAAAAGGUCAAGCAGCGCCGACUACCCUCAGGCCCUUUUUCAAAGCCGCUCUUGGCCGAGGUGGCCGUCUCUUCGGUGAAAGACCGCAGAUUGCCUGAGCAACGUUCGCGCGUGAAGGUGUGGUUCGGUUUGCUUGAGGAUAGCUUGGCAAAUUUGGUUACGUUUGACGUGCCCGGCCCCGUUGAUAUGGGUUUUCAGCUGGCCGAACAGAGCCGGCUCCCUUUCGCACAGGCCCUUGUCGAUGUGGCGGAGAGCCAGUUUGGAUUCAUGACGGCGGCCAGCCCCGAUCAGGAGGCCGGGGGAAGUGCUGCGUUGGAAGCGCGGCUAAGGGCCCUUGAGGCUUCUUUGAAGUCGGUAGUCGGCAGUGUGCAGCAGCUUGUAGACCGCCAGCCCGAGCGACAGCGGCCAGACGCCGUUGCAAGGAGCAAGGCCCCGGCUAGGAAAAAGAAGCCCGAAGGAUCCAUCCCAGGCACUCCCCCUCCCCCAGGCCGAGCAAGAGAGGUGCCAGGUCUUGACCCAGCUGUCCUGCAAGCAGCUCGUGAUGCGGGCGUGCGGCCCGAUGAACUAAACGAGCUUGCGGGCUUUCUCGGGAGCCGAUCGCGACCCUUGGGUGAUUUCCCAGCUGCAGGUGCUGGUGCCGGUGACCUUGAGGCACCGUCCGAGCUCGGUGGCAGCGGAGCCGAAGGCUCUGAACGUGGCAGCGGCGCCGGAGGCCAAGCUCCCAUCGAGGCUGCCGUGGUUACACUCACAGGGCUCAUGAAGGAGAUCGUCAAGGACCGCACAAGGCAGAGCGACCGUGCGCUCACACUAGAGUCUGCCUUGGAUCGUGCCGAAUCCUCUUCAUGGGACGCCUCAGGAAGCGCGAGCUCAGGAUCGCGAUCCAAGUCGGUCGCAUACCGCGUGCUCCGCGAAUCCCUGAGGAAAAGGCCUGAGGUCAUAUACCAAAGCAUCGAAAACCUGCUUGAAGAAGAUUUGUUAUCCCGCCGCGCGACCGGGAACCUGGCCGCGUCUCAAGCGUCGGCCAGAGCGUGGGUCGAGUUCCGCAGCCGGGUGGGAAAUUAUCCCAGCACGAUCAGAGCCAUGUGGGCAAUAGCGGGAAUUUUAGACAGCCUCCGAGAUGGGUCGCCUGCCGAGGCGCGUGCCCGCGCUUGCCUUGCUCUUGCAUCUUUUGACCAACAAAGCAUAGAUAAUGGAGCCUGGGUGUAUGCUCAGGAAAUCACGCUAGAGCCUAGCCCACCCCUGAGCGCCUUCCAGUCCCGUCGAGUGGUAGUCUCUGAAGGCCGAGCGAUCCCCCUCCACAGAAGACGGACGACGAUGAUCACGGCCAAGGGCGCGGACGCGGCCGAGGCAAAGGCGAAAAGGGAGGCUCCCACCGGUGCUCUCGCCCAGUGCGACAAGACUGCCCUUCGGCUUACAGCAUUGGUCAUGGACCACCUCCUUGCUCGGCCUUUGAACCGUUUGAAACGAGGACCGGCGUGCAGUCCGUACUGUGCGCAACGUUCCUCCCAGCUUGUCUCUCCUGUCUCUCGUGGUUGGGACCGGGUGGCGCGCAGGGUCCUUGCUUGGAACGAGUACCCGGCAGUCUCGGCCGAAGAGAUGGGUAGGGCGGCCACCAAAGUUGAAAAGAUCGAAGAGCAGGUGGCUUCGUUGCGCUACGCAACCCCCGACGCGCAUACCUGCUUGCCUGACAUUGCGCUUGCUCGUGAUGUCGACGCCAGCCGCGUCACCUUUCCAGAAGCGCCUGCCUUUGAUCCUUGUCCUUUUCUUGACGACACCCUUCGAGAUCUGUAUGUCUUUCCGAGUCGUUCAUCCUGUGGCUUCGCCGAUCUCCCCGACCCCCCUAGGGUAAGGUUUAGGGCCCGAGAUAAGAAAGCUAGGAUUGAACUUCUUACCCUCCUCGACAGCACGGACCGUUUGGCACUGCAUCCUGCUGAGCCCAGCGACAUGCUUGGAUGUGCAGGGCUGUUUGCAAUACCCAAGUCUAUGGAGCGGGAUAGGCUCAUUAUUGAUGCUAGGCCGGGAAACAUGACACAAGCCACCGACACAGCGUGGUUGAUCACGAUGGCCACUGCCAGCAGCUUAUUAGGUUUGGAACUGCUUCCGGAGGAAGACUUGUGGAUUAGCGGGGCCGACGUGAAAGAUUACUACCAUAAUUUCCUCAUAUCGGCUGACCGCUCGCAUCUUUAUAGAUUCGUGGGCACCUACACCCCGGCUGAGCUCAGUCACCUCCGAGCCUUCCGGCCGGAACUGCUUAAAUGCAAAGCCAUCUCGGCAUCGCUCUGCACGAUGGCCAUGGGAGACGUGAACAGUGUCACUUUCGGGCAAGCUGCACAUGUCGGGCUGAUGCUAGCCGCGGGCGUGAUCCCCUUGUCUUCCCUGCUCACCUUACGAGGCAGGAUACCUCGCGCUCCCACUACCAUGGGGGUGGUGAUCGACGACUUGAUUCUCCUUGAGAAAUCCCUAAGGUCUGUCGGCCCUCUGCACUCUGCGGAUAUUAUGGCCGCUGCCCACCAGGCAUAUAAGGACGCCCACCUGCCAAUCCACGCGGGAAAAUGCUUCCAGGAAGCGACAGCCGCCACCUUCUGGGGUUGUGACGUCGAUGGCAGUGCAGGUUGGGUUCGCCCGAGCUGGGCCCGUCUUGUUCCUUUAGUGGGGCUCAGCCUGGCUUGUUUGCGGUUGCCUUGUCUCAGCGUGAGCCUCUUGGAGACGCUUGCUGGGUCAUGGAUAUCCGUGUUGUCGUUCCGCAGGCGGUGCCUCAGCAUGCUCGAUCACAUUUAUGUGUUGCAGCGUGGCAAAAGUCGGAAGGAGCUAGUGAGUAACAUCCCGGAACUCCGGGCCGAACUUUUCUGUUUGUGUGUGCUGGCUCCACAGUUAGCAUCCGACCUCCGGGCGCAGAGCUCGAACUACUUGGUCGCCACGGACUCCGCUGAUGACCGGGGGGCCGCGGUCGGCAGCUCGCUCGAAGGCAGUUGGGGUCGCGAACUGCAGCGGCACACCCUCACAAAGGGUCUGUGGAACCGGCUACUGAAGCCGAGCGACGUCAUGCUGAGGCGUGCCGGGCAGUUACCUUGGGACCAGUAG